UCAUGUCACACACACAAAAAUAACAAGAAGAGUCAAAAUGAGCUUACAUGAAACUGAUUCUGCGCCAUCUUCUCCGAGCUAGCUACGAGUACGACCAAGCGUCUGUAGUAUGAUCAGUGAGCUUAGCCAGACUACACAGAAAGCUCAGCAAACGCUGUCGUUCUAGAUAUAUAGGCCCAGUCAACUUUGUUUCGGGCCAUACUAUUAUUUACUAUCAUUGACUGACAAACGUUUACGAAAUUAUUGGACGUUGCGGCCUUGCGGGUUUGUUUAGUAGUAUUGCCAAUAGGAUGUCGUUUCUAUGAUGUUCUAGGCUAUUGUUUACUCCCUCCCUUACAUCAAUCACACUAUGUUUAAAAAAAAAAGUAUUUCAAAAAGAUACUAUUUUCAAUUCAUUUUUAUGAAAUAAUAAUAGUUAACUAUAGAUUUUUAAAAUAUUGAUUAUAUUUAUUAAAUGACAAUUCUUUCAAAUAGCUAUUUUAAAAUUUUCGUCACAAAAAUAGCCCUUAAAAAUAACUAAAAUAGCCUAUUUUUAUUUUGAAUUUUUUUAUUUUUAUAUUUUUAUUUUUUAAAAUUUGAAACUCUAUCCCUAAAAUCUCACCCCUUAACUUUAAACCCUAAGUCUAGAUUGGUUAAAUCUAGGGUAAAAAUACAUUUUUAUCAUUUAAUAAAGUUUAUUUUGGUCAUUUUCUUCAUUGAGAGCUAUUUUUGUGACAAAAACUUUCUUAACAAAAUGUUACCUAGGGAAUUUCUGUUUAUUAAACUUUUAUUGAUUUCAAAUUAUGGAAAAUAGAUAAUCACAAAACAUUAUGCAUUUAUAACUAGAAUUUAAUAUGUUUUAUUAAUAUGUUUGAAAAUUUUAAAACAUAUUCCCUCCGUUCCUAUAAGAUCUAUGUUUUAGAAGAAGAAAAAUUGUUUCAAAAAGAUACAUUUUUCAUAUUUUCAAUGCAUAAAUUAAAUGUAAAUUGUAAACUUUAAAAAACGUAAUUGUAUUUAUUAAAAUUUUAUUGGUAAAAACUUGUGGGAAAGAGUUGAUUACGGAAAAUAAUGUAUUCGUAACUAAAAGUUGAUAUAUUUUAUUAAUAAGUAUGAAAAUCCUAAAAUAUAAAUCUUUUAGGAGUAUAUUAUUUUGAAACAGAAAAUAUUAGAUUAAGUUUGCGGAUAAUCACUGUACUUUCUUCGGAGAGAAUUAUAUAGUUGGAUUAGAUGAGCUGUUAUAUAACAACUUAAAAGUAGCUUUUAGCUCACCUUUCUAACGAAUUAUUGAACUUCCAGGUCAAAUGUCAAUGACCACAUAUUUGAUAUACUUUCGAUAUCCGGCCAUAUAUAUAGAUAUUAUCUUAUAUAAACUUUAGAUAAAAUAUAUAAAUAUAUAAACUUAAAACACACAAUAUUAUAUAAAUUUUAUAAUUUAGAUCUAAAUUGAUUCCUACCGUUCGGAACAUAAAGACUUUAAAACAAUCAAAACCACUAUCUUCUAAGUAAUAGUCUAUUAAUUUAUAAUUGUAAAUUGUUAAAUUUGUUACUAUGUUUUAGUAGCAUGUUUUACUACAAAGAAAUUAAAUCAAGAUAUGGUGUUGCUUGAUUUAGUCUAAAAGUCUGUUCGAUUAUAUUAAUUAGCUCGUCAUGGACCUUAUUGUGAAGAAAUAUGAUUUUAUAUCAAGUCAAAAACAUGGUUGAUUGGCAUUCGUAAAUUAUCCAUUGAAAAAACUAACACUAAGCGAUCCUAAGAAAGAGAUCCAUAGUUGCUAUUUAAAAACACUUGUUUAAUUACGCAGAAAAAAACUUGAUUAAUUACAGUAGCUAGUUCAGCAUAACUUAUAUAAAGUUGAUUAAUCAGACGCAAAAUGGAAAGAAAAACAAGUGUGGGUGAGAUUAGUUAGAUGAUGAGGUACUUAGACCUAAAAUAUGGUUGGGCCACCAGAUCACCUAAGCCCUUUUGACUUGUAAACAUCUCAUAUCUUAAUCUUCAAUUUUACAUUCAUUUUAUUUCCAUUAUAUUUAAUCUCUCUCGAAUCUAACCAAUGACCUUUCCUCUUCUUAUUAGGUCUUCUUCCAGUGCAUUCCAUUUAAAGAGCUUACAUUUCACGGCUCUUCUAUUUCUUCAACCUAACAAGUAAAAACGACAUUACAACAGUUUUCUUCAUACCACAGCUAAAACUUUCCUUCAUAGCUCAUACACACAUAUUGACAUAUAUAUAGACACACAUACAUUAUUCAAUCCAUAACAACAUCAAGACAAAAAGACUUUAUCAGUGAUUAUGGAGAUUCCAAGACGAUUUUGCGUAUGCAUCCUAACGCUUUUUGUUAUCUUUCUUCUCUCGCCAACCACCGUUCACUCCAUAAUCCGACAUUACAAAUUUAAUGUGGUGAUGACGAACACCACAAAGCUGUGCUCGUCGAAGCCUAUUGUCACGGUUAACGGCCAAUUUCCAGGUCCCACAAUUGUUGCACGAGAAGACGACACCGUUUUGAUCAAAGUAGUGAAUCAUGUCAAAUACAACGUCUCCAUCCAUUGGCAUGGUGUAAGGCAAUUGAGGACAGGUUGGGCAGAUGGACCGGCUUACAUUACACAAUGUCCUAUCCAACCGCGGCAAAAUUAUCUUUAUAAUUUCACAUUGACGGGCCAACGAGGAACCUUAUGGUGGCAUGCUCACAUAUUGUGGCUUCGGGCCACGGUGCAUGGGGCCAUUGUCAUCUUGCCUAAGCUUGGUGUCCCAUACCCUUUCCCCAAGCCCUACAAAGAGAAAACCAUUGUUCUUGCUGAAUGGUGGAAAUCGGACGUGGAGCAACUUAUCAACGAGGCUACAAAAAAUGGAACAGCUCCUAACGCCUCUGAUGCACAUACCAUCAAUGGUCACUCCGGCCCCAUCUCUAAUUGUCCUUCCCAAAGUGGUUAUGGUUUGCCGGUGAGACCAGGAAAGACAUACAUGUUACGGAUCAUCAACGCCGCACUAAACGAAGAGCUCUUCUUUAAAAUCGCUGGUCACAAGUUAACCGUCGUAGAAGUUGAUGCUGUUUAUACCAAACCCUAUAAAACCGACACCGUCCUCAUCGCUCCGGGACAGACUACUAACGUUCUCUUAACAGCAAACGCAAACACUGGUUCCAAAUACAUGGUCGCCGCCACAACGUUUAUGGACGCUCCCAUCUCCUUCGACAACGUCACCGCCACAGCCACUCUCCACUACAUCGGCCACACCGUUUCCUCCUCCAAGAAAACAGUCCUCGCUUCACUUCCGCAGCCAAACGCAACGUUGGUUGCGAGUAAAUUCAUAAAGUCGCUCAGGAGCUUGAACUCCCGUGAAUAUCCGGCUAAAGUUCCAACUACAGUUGAUCACUCUUUGUUCUUCACGGUGGGUCUAGGCGCGAAUCCUUGCCCGAGCUGCAACAACGGUUUUCGGUUAGUGGCUGGAAUAAACAACGUAACGUUCACCAUGCCUGAAACCGCUCUUCUACAAGCUCAUUACUUCAAUAUUUCACACGUAUUUACCGACGACUUUCCGGCCAAACCGUCUAAUCCAUUUAACUAUACGGCACCAGUUGAUCAAAGCGUUAAUGCGGCGACGAUGACAGGUACAAAGCUGUACCGGCUUCCUUACAACGCGACGGUGCAAAUCAUUCUACAAAAUACGGCGAUGAUCUUGUCGGAGAACCAUCCGUUUCAUCUUCACGGGUUUAACUUCUUUGAGGUUGGUAGAGGUUUAGGGAAUUUUAACCCGGAAAAGGAUCCAAAGAGGUUUAACUUGGUGGAUCCGGUUGAGAGAAACACCGUUGGUGUUCCAGCUGGUGGUUGGACAGCCAUCAGAUUCAUCGCUGACAACCCAGGUACUUGAUAAUUAAAAAUAUUCUAUAAAAAAGGGUAUAGACUUCUAGUAUAGCUAAUUUAUAAUAUUGGUUUCUUUUGGUACAUAGUUGUUGGUCUUGUUACGCAUUACCUUGUCAAACAGUUAGUCUUUUUCGAUCAAAUAUUAUUAAUUAAUUAUUUAUAAUGUUGUAACGCAUUAUUUAUGCAAUCGUCGGUUCAACUUGCUAUAGUUUUGUGCCUAAUUAAUUGGGUUGUUAUUUUCUGUUUCUUUUUUUAUAUUAGGGGUGUGGUUCAUGCAUUGUCACUUGGAAAUCCAUACAACUUGGGGACUAAAGAUGGCAUUCGUCGUGGACAACGGUCACGGUCCUGACCAGUCACUGCUUCCUCCACCCGCCGAUCUUCCCAAAUGCUAGGGGAAAUUUUUUUUGUUGAUUUUUUACUUCGACAUUAUAUUAUAUAUAACAAAUUCAUUCUUUUUUUUUGGGAAAUAAAGGUUGGGGUUGGUGCAUGAUUACUGUUGUUUUUUAUUGUAAAAAAGGAAAAUCUAAAAUUUUAUAGUUUUUUUAUCUUAUGCAUGCUAGCUAGGCUUCUUUUCCUUUCAUCUUUGACUGUUUUCGUUGCAACCUUAAAAAAAAAAUUCGUUGCAACUUGGCAAGUAGAGUUACUUAGCAAGAAAAGAAAAGAAAAGAAAAAGUAAACCCAUACGGUGCUCAACGGAAUCGUAUAAGGAUUUUUUUUUUUGUAUAAGGAUUUCUAAAUGCCAGAUGUCACGGAUAUUCUUAAGCAAAACCCAAAGGUUCGGUCGGUCGUCGGUACGUUCCUUAAAGUUGUUUUAAAGAAAGAUACAUGUAUGACAACACACACACGUAUCUAUACUCAAUUGAACUCGAGUUAUAAUAUGUCGACAACACUAACAAUACAAACCCAACAAAAUACAAAGAGUGGUCUCAUUUUAAUUAAAUGGAUUGGUAAUUCAUUACGUAGCUAGAGACAAAAUGGACAUGAAUCAUUUUCGUUGCUGUUUGGCGAAGAUAGACGACAAUAUUUGAUUUUUUUACAUAAUAUAUAGUCGGUAUUUCGUUGCUAUUUUAAGAAAUAAAAUUUUGGUAGCUGAAAUCCGUAUUUCUUGAAGUGAUAAUUCAAAUUAUUUUUAACUCGCCAACAAUUAGUAACCCAAAGUACUGAAAUGGUACAGGAAGUUGAUGUAGCAAAUUGUGGAAGCGUAACACAAGAGGGCGUACUAGGAAAAAUAUAAGAUGUUGAACGGUGAUUUCAUGUAUGUAAUCAUUUAAUUGGAUCCUUACACAAUUGUUUAUUCAUAUGAAUAAAAUAGCAUUUACAAGUAUGCAUAUAUGUAUUUUCCAGUUAUACUGGAAUCACAAUUUCCAUCAAAUUAUCAUAAUAGUUU